AUGAAGCUUACGGGCCUUCUCGCGCUCUCGGCGCUCCUCGGCGCGGCCCUCGUCAACGCCAAACACACGAGCAAUUGGGCGGUGCUGGUUUGCACUUCACGGUUCUGGUUCAACUACCGGCAUCUGGCGAACGUCCUAUCUAUAUACCGUACUGUCAAGCGACUUGGCAUCCCCGACUCCCAAAUCAUCCUCAUGCUCCCUGAUGACAUGGCCUGCAAUCCUCGCAAUGCGUUUCCAGGGACCGUCUACUCCAACGCGGACCGCGCCGUCGACCUUUAUGGCGACAACAUUGAGGUGGACUACAGGGGAUACGAGGUGACGGUGGAGAACUUCAUCCGGCUGUUGACGGAUCGGGUUGGGGAUGAGAUGCCGCGGAGCAAAAGGUUGCUGACUGAUGACCGGAGCAACAUCUUGGUGUACAUGACGGGGCACGGCGGGAAUGAGUUUCUCAAGUUUCAGGACGCCGAGGAGAUUGGCGCCUUCGACCUCGCCGACGCGUUUGAACAGAUGUGGGAGAAGAAGAGAUAUCACGAGAUUCUGUUCAUGAUCGACACGUGCCAGGCAAACACCAUGUACAGCAAGCUAUACUCUCCCAACAUCAUCGCGACCGGGUCAUCCGAGUUGGACCAGUCUUCCUACUCUCACCAUGCAGACAGCGACAUCGGCGUUGCCGUGAUUGACCGGUACACAUACUACAACCUCGAGUUCCUCGAAACCGAAGUGCGAGACACCAGCAGCAAGAGAACCGUCGGCGACCUGUUUGAUAGCUAUACCUACGAGAAGAUCCACUCGAAUGCCGGUGUGCGUUACGAUUUGUUCCGCGGCGGUGCUGAAGCGGCGCGCAGCCGCCUCCUCACGGAUUUCUUUGGCAACGUCCAAGAUGUCGAGGUUGACUUGUCCAAAAAUACCACCCUGGAAGAGGACCUGCUUUCUCUCAGCAAAACGAUCGCGGCGCUUCAUCGGAAAGCCGCAGAGCAGGAAGCUACCAUGAAAAACAAUGCCACGAGCGAGCGCAGGGCCCAGAUUACUGGGCAGAAGAAGACGCAGUUCGCAAAGCCGCUUACCGACGACAACUGGUGGACCAAGAAGAUCCUAGGGGCAACUGCCGUAGCAGGCUGUGCGUUCCUGUGGGGCCUAAGCUCGUUUCUGGAAGGGCCUGGGAGGUGA